AGCAGCCGAAUUUUGUUUUCAUUUGAAUGGUCCAGCAACUGCAUUGUAGCCCAGAGUCCUGUUUUUUUUUUAUUUGGGUCUCGUUUCCCUCUCUGUGGUGUGUACGAGUGUACUGAGCAGGAGUUUGCCAAAAAUAUAUAGAUUUAGAUCUACAAAAAUUCAUUGCGGAUUAGAGAAAAAUUUUUUAAGAGAGUUCCCUUGUUUUUUGUUACAAAUAAAAUCUAGAUUUAUUACCUACUGUGUUUAUUUCUGUGACUUACAUCACAUGGAAAUAAAUUACUGCAAAAGAAGAGAUACACAGUGAGUGAUCAUGAGACAUAGUGUGUAUUGAAAAAGCGAUAAAUUCAAAAACAUAUAAGAUGGGUGUGUCCAUGGUGUAUUGUGGGAUUUUAAUAUCAGUUAUGGUUGUAUUCAAAGUUAGCAGGAGUCAAGAUGAGUGCAAAGGGUCUACGUGUAGAGAUUGCAUUCGAUUCGCCAGUGAUUGUGCAUGGUGUAGUCAAAAGAGCUUUAAUGGCACACGAUGUCAAAAGAAAAACAAUUUAAAAGUUAUAUGCCAAGUUGACCAGAUCCAGUUUCCAAAUUCUCUUUCAAGUCCAAUAGAACAAGUUAAUGUCCGUGACGGAAACUCUAAGGAGAAUCCUAUUCAAGUGACACCACAGAAAGUGGCAAUGAAACUUCGACUCAGAGAUACUUACAGUAAUAACAAGAUCACCAUGUAUUUCCGAGCUGCUAAUAAUUUUCCAGUUGAUCUCUAUUUUCUUUUUGAUAAUUCUAAAAGUAUGCAACCCUAUAUCACUGAUUUAGCCCAAUUAGCAGGAAAUAUAGGCAAGAGCAUUGGUAACAUCUCUAGUAACUACACAUUUGGCUAUGGAGUCUUCCAAGACAAGGUUGUUCUCCCAUUCACAGACACUACUCCUGCUAAAUUGUUGAAUCCCUGUGCUAAUGAAAUUUGUUCUCCUCCCUUUGAGUUUCAGCAUAUACUCUCUAUGACAAAGAAUUUAACGCAAUUCACACAUGUUGUAAACACAACUAAAAUAUCAGGAAACUUAGACCAUCCAGAAGGAUCUUUAGAUGCCAUUAUGCAAGCUAUAACCUGCAAAGAAGACAUUGGCUGGAGAAAUGGUAGUAGAAAACUGUUGAUACUUGCUACAAAUGACAGAUUUCAUCUGGCUGGAGAUGGAAGGUUAGCAGGCAUUGUUGCUCCUAAUGAUGGAGCUUGCCAUCUUGAUUCUGAAAAGAAAUAUUCAAAAGAACUUACUCAGGACUACCCUUCAAUAAGUCAGAUAAGAGAAACGGUUAUUAAAAAUGAAGUUCACAUUGUAUUUGCUGUCAAAGACCAAAGAGAAAUUUUUAAAGAACUUGAGAAGUUGGUGCCAAACUCAGUGGUAGAAAGUUUAGCUGAUUCUAAAGAUUCAAGCCAAAGCAUGGAAAAAAUUAUUGAGAGGAAAUAUAGGGAAAUGGUUUCUAAAGUAGAAAUGAAGCACAACAAUAUACCUGGAGUGACUGUUUCAAUCAAGGCUACUAGUGACAUCUGUGAUGCUAAAGGAACCAAUGUCUGUAAAGCCAAACAACUGAUUGGAGAGACAAUUUCAUUUGAAGUGGAUAUAUCUAUCAGUGAUUGCUCUACCAAGGCUCGAACAUUAACCAUAUUUCCAGAAUCUAUGAGACAAGAUUCUUUGACUGUCAUUAUUGAGGCUUUGUGUGAUUGUGAUUGUGAAGUGAAAAAUAAUACUUGGGAAACAGCAAGUGAUUUAUGCAAUGGAGGCAAUGGAAGCCUUGUUUGUGGACUUUGUGAAUGUAAUCAGAAUUACUUUGGGCAGAAUUGUGAAUGUACAUCAACAAAUUUGGAUUCAGGCCAGACUCAGUGUAACAGAGCUGGGGAAAACUCCACCAAAGUUUGCAGUGGUGUAGGUGAGUGUGAAUGUGGUAAAUGCAUCUGUAAAGAUGGUUACUCUGGAACAUUUUGUGAAUGCAAUGACCAAGCCUGUGGACUCUUUCAAAGACAAGUCUGUGGAGGUGUCCGUGGCCAGUGUGAUUGUGGUGAGUGUAAAUGUGCCAAAGGUUACACUGGAAGUACAUGUCAGUGCAGUGUGUACAAUGACACGUGUAAAUCACCAACUACAGGACAAGUCUGCAGUGAUCAAGGAAUCUGUGAAUGUGAUACAUGUGUCUGUAAAAAGGGCUACACUGGGAAGUAUUGUGAGAAUUGUUUUCUGUGUGGUGACAAUAUCUGUGACAACAACCAGUACAGACAAUGUGCUCAGUGUCACUUUGACAAGAAAACAACCUGUGAUGAGGAUUGCCCAUCUGUUGAAAUCGUUGAUUCUUUGAAAAGUUACCAAGUUUCAAGUCCAUGUUCAAUCAAGCAGGAAGAUGGAUGUUUCCUUUCAUUUUAUGUGAUUUCAUCUGAAACCAAUGUCACAAUUAUUGUACAAAAAACUAAAACAUGCUCUGAACCAGUUGAUAUUCUUCCUAUUGUGGCUGCAGUUGUGGGCGGUGUGGUUGCUAUUGGACUGUUGUUAUUACUGCUUUGGAAAAUUCUAACCAGUAUCUUUGACAAAAUUGAGUAUGCCAGAUUCCAGGAAGACCUCAAACAGUGCAAAUGGGCAAAGCAAGAAAAUCCUGUAUACAAAGGAGCAACAACAACCUACAAGAACCCAAUGAUGGACUCAACUGAACCUCUUGAUGGGAAAUAGUUAAUUAUUUGAGUUAGACAUUUAUUUUAUUAUAAUUCUCGAUCGAAUUUUUUCUGGCGCAGUUUAGAUAAUAUAUAUACUUUAAUUUUGAUGUAUUUUUUUUACAGCAAUAUGUAUUAUAGCCAAUAAGCAAAAAUAACAUAUAAUUAGUAAAUUUUUCCAAAUGUCACUUUAAUCUGAACUUUUUCUUUUUUGUGUAUUCUGUAAAUAUUGAAGAUGAUCAGUUUCAUUCAAUAUUUUUAUUUCUAUAAAAUAGACAUGCCAAAGUAUUUUUUAUCAAUAAUACUGGUAAUUUCACAAUCUUGUUUGACUUUUUUUUUUCAUUUUAGUUUAGUGAGAAUAAUCUUAACCUUUAGUCAAAUGAGAAAUACAAUUAUUUUGAUACAUUUUAAAUAUCUACAUAGAUGUAUAGAGAAAAAUGCAAUAGACUUAUAGACUUACAUAUAAGAAAAUUCUGCUAGACCAAAAUAAAAACAAAAGAAGUUUGUUUUGUUUUACAUGUUUCAAAUAUUCCUUCAGAUUCUGAAGCAUGUCCUAGCCCAAACCUAUCGCAGGACGACAGGGGAUGGCGUGGGCAGGGUAUGAACCCGGGACCAUAUAGGUUACUGAACAACAGUCCAGAACACAUACCAACAACCUGACAGCCAUGAGCCAUCUUUAUUUCUACAUUGAACUGAUUACUAUAAAACUUACAUGUAAAACAUACUCUUAAAUGUUAAUGGUUUUAAAAACAUUCCCAGAAAAUUACAAAUGUUGAAGUACAAAAUUCUGAAGCACAAAUCAUUAUGGGCUAUUUUAAAGGGAGAAUAUUCUGUCUUUUAUUGAUAUUUUAGAUUUGGAAUAACAUAUAUGAAAACUAAAUGAAACUUUUAAUACCUUAUGAACAUACAACAAUAAUAUUGUCUUAAUAAACAUUUUAUUGCCAGGCCUUUAAAUUUUUGUUAUUCUGUAUAAAAUUAUUCAAUGUAUGUUAUUUUUUAAAUGUUAUUUAUGAAACUUAGAUAGUUCAUAGUAAAUGUCUUAAAGACAUAUAAUGUAAGUAUUCUUUCUAUAUUUAAUUAUUAAAUUUGUAUGCUUGUGACAAGAUGAAUAUAAUUAUUUGUAAGCAUGACUGAAAAUAUAGUUGAAAGGAAAGUCAGUAUUACAUGUAUUUUAAGACUGCUUCUUGCAGUGAUAUCUGUAGACCUACUUAUAGGCCGAAUAUAAAACUCUGUCUUGUAUUGUUUUCUAGCUAAACUUGUGUUUAUUUCUAGCUAAAAAUUGUGUUUAUUUCUAGCUUUUGAUCAUUAGCAAAAGUAAAUUCAUACAAGUGCUCCUUCUUCCCUAGUGCCAUUAGAGAACCUAUAUUAGCCAGGAAAACCGACUUAGCAGAGUUUAAGUCAUUGCUUAACAUGCAUGACUAGAUGACAUGAAAUGCAUAGGACAUUAUUUUCUUUUUUGAAGUAAUGUCUGUAAUAUACAAAUUAGAAAAAAAAACAAAGAAAAGAGCUAGUUCUUAUCUUACCCAUAUCCAUGUGUUCUUCUAGUUAUUAAUGUAGAUCUAAAUUGAAACUUAAACCUUAAUUACUUAUUGCUUUUCCUGGCUGAUUCAUGUAACAUGUUCCAUGUUCUUAUGUUGCUUAGAAAGAAAUAGCCCUUAUAUGACUAGGCCUACUCCUAGCACAUGGAAUAAGAAAUGCACUUUUAUCUUUAUGUCUUUCAGAGUAUUUUUUUAGUUUUCAUAUUUGUAAGUUUUGCUUUAGUAAUUUUUGUUGUAUUAUUACUUUGCAUUCUAGUCCUUUCCUGGAGUUUAAUGAUUAUAUCAGUUGUAUCAGAUUUGUUGAGCAUUAUUGGCACCAGUGCCUGAACAUAGUGCUAUCACUGAACAAGGUCUCAACCUCGCUCUAUUUGCAUAAAGCAUUUUACUGAUGCAAGAUAAGUUUCUCACAAUUACAGCUGUGUAUAUAGCUGUGAUAAGUUUGCUGCAAACUUCCAACACAUUGUUAACAAAAGAUUUUCUAAUUAGGCCCACUGAAAACUUUGAGAUGUGACUUGUUUCACUAGCACAGUGUUGAAGAGUGAAAAGGGCAUUUAAAGGUGUCUUCCUUUGAAUUAAUUCAAUAUUAUUAUAGACAAUAUUAGUAUUUAUAUGGGUAUAUAUUUUUCACUUUUUUUUUUUUUUGGGGGGGGGGGUGUCAACAUUUUAAAAAAGAAAUUAUUAUCUAGUGGUAUUGUAGCUGUAAUAUAAUUACUCUUCAGUCAUUAAGGUAUUUCAUUUAGUGUUACAUAGAAGUAGUUGUUUGCCACUUAGCCAAUGCCUUAUUUUUUUCUUAAGAAAUGCACAAUUUGUGAUGCUUUCCAUGGACAUCUUUAUUGCCUAUUUCAUGUAAUGUUCUAUCAUUUGUUAUAAAUUGUUGCUGCAUUUAUAUUUUAAUACAAACUGUAUGAACUAUAACAUUGGCUGAUAAAUUUCUAAAUUAGAACUGAAA